GGUGUUCGAUCGGACUGUUAUUCGGAGAGCACUCGUUCACUUCCGGUAACCCACGUGUGAACAGUCUGAUGUACCCUACCGUACUUUGCUGCGGAGAUCAAGCGCAAUUUGGAAUUGUUACCGGAAAUCGUCAGAAUGCCCAAGGCACAGCAGAAUAAGGCAAAGCAAGAGAAGAAGGUAAUCCACCCAUAUAGUAGGAAAGCGGCCCAACUUGCACGAGAAGGUCAUAAGCAGGACAGAAAAGAAAAGUUAAAGAAUGAGAAGGCUUUGCGACUAAGCAUUAUUAGUGAAAAGCUACAAUGGUUUCAAAAUCACAUUGACCCAAACAAAAAUGAAUAUACAAAGAAAGAAGCGUGUGAGCUGAUCGAAAGUUAUUUGCAUCGGUUCGAUAGUGAGUUAGAGCAAAUUGAAUUACAUAACAGCAUCAAAGGCAGGCAAGCGAGACAGCACGGAUCCCGCGAGACAGUCAUCAAACAGACAAUGGAGCGUGAAAGAAGACUGUACAAUGGAUAUGGAAUCGAGAUACCAGACAUUGUAAAUGCAAAACAUCUGAAACAAUUCAAGGAAUGGGACUUAGAUCUGAAGAAGCUGCCAAACAUGAAGAUGCGUAAAUUAUCUGUCACUGAUGUUCUUCCCAAAAGCAACAGAGAUUCUAAGACAGAAGGUGAAGAAACAAUGGAAAAUGCUGGUGAACCUUUGCCAGAUUCUGAAGAGGAUAUAAGCUAAUAAAUUACCUAGAGACUAUUGAAAUGUAUCCCAUGAUAGAACACUUAUUUUAAUUAAAUUUGCGACAAACUUCUCUUCAGUGUUAUCAUUAGUUCCAUUAUUGUUACGCCUCAUAUAAUGAAGUUUUAAAGUGUGGUUUUAGUUUUCCAAGUGCUUGCUUAUAUUUUAGACCUUGGGGAAUUUAUGCAAGAUCAAUGGGGAGGAAAUUCCUUGAUUUCUUCGUAAAGAUGAUUAUAAAUUGAAUGACUCUAAUUCUGUAAGUAUUAGUUGCAGUUCAUUUGUUUAAAUUAAUUGGAAUUUUGGAAUUACAUGUUUGCAAAAGUUU